AUGUCAGCAUCAGUGCCAUCUGUAUCGAUAGAAAGAGGACUAGACCCACAGAAUCAAGAGGAUACAUAUGUCCAUGAUGUGUAUAACGAAAUAGCGAGCCAUUUUUCACAGACUAGAUACAAGCCGUGGCCGAUAGUUGAAAAGUUCUUGAUGCUGAGACCCAAAUACUCCGUUGGGAUAGAUGUGGGGUGUGGAAACGGAAAGUACUUGAAUGUCAACAAGGAUUUGUUCAUGAUAGGUACCGACAGAUCGGAUGGGUUGGUCCAAUGUGGCCAGCAGAUUUCCAACAAUAGGUACAAUUUGGGGGUUGCCGACGGGUUGGCAUUGCCCCACCCAGACAACACAUUUGACUUUGCGAUAUCGAUUGCUGUGAUUCACCAUUUUGCCAAUGAAGAAAGACGGAUUGAGGCUAUUCUGCAUAUCCUUUCGAAAUUAAAAACUGGCGGUGAAGCUUUGAUUUAUUGUUGGGCAUUGGAGCAAGAGAAGUCGCGUCGUGGGUACAAAGAAGGGGAUGACCAGGACAUAUUGAUUCCUUGGGUGUUGAAGAAACCACAACCACUGAAGAAGAAAAAGGGAAGCAAGACGAAAGAUUCGCCAGAGAUGGAUAAGGUGCCAGAAGAAGAGCCACAAGAGACACCCAAUGUCACCAAGUACAGGUAUUAUCAUUUGUACAGGAAAGGAGAGUUGGUGGACAAUUGCUUGAAAACAGAAAGGUGCUCGAUAGUGGAGGAAGGCUACGAACGAGACAACUGGUGGGUGAUAAUCAAGAAGAAAUAG